CCACGUCGUAGCCGCGGACCAGGUCGAGCGCCCAAGCCUCGCUGAGCGCGCGCGCGUACGGCACAUACUCCACCGCCGAGUUGAGGCGGCGCAGCGCGGCGGCCGCCGACCAAGCCUUAGCAUGGCCCGCCAGCACCUCGUCGUGCAACACCUGACGGGCUAGAUUGCUCGUCUCCACCACGUCGUGGUCCACCAGGCCCAGACGGCCCACGCCGGCCGCCGCCAGGUACUGAGCCAGCGGGCAGCCCAGCCCGCCGCAGCCCACCACCAGCACCGAAGCGGCCGCCAGGCGCAGCUGACCGCGCACGCCCAGCUCGGGCAGCAGCAGCUGACGGCUGUAGCGUAGGAUCUCAUCCCGCGACAGGGCGGCCUUGGGGAUCAGCGGCGACAACGGGACCGGACGCUCGGGCUCCGACUCCGACGCCAGGGCUGCAGUCAACCUCCGCUUCAGCGAAGCCAGCUCUUCCUCACGCCGGGCAAUUUCACCCUGUAAGGCCGCUACGUCCUCCUGGGCAGCCAUGACAGCCUCUUCCGGAAAUAUCCGGGAAGUGACUUCCGUUUCCGGUUACCCGUCUCUUGGCGACUGGACGACUAAGACGCUUCCUCGAGUUUGAGGAAAUGAAACGAAGGGGUGUUUCCUGAUGAAAGCUUCAGAGUCAACUUGAAACAGUCAUAGAAUCUGAGUAUUUCCAGGGAACCACACGGAGGCCAAGACUCCCUCAGUUUCCGGAAUUUGGUACGACCCACGCGGGUGACGUAAUUCCGCUUCCGGUGCCUCGCGCAGACCCGUCAUGGCCUCCACAGGGGCGAGUCGCAGCGGUGCUGCGUCUCAGCGACCGCCGCAGGGCCGCUCCUCGCGACAGGACAAGUAUUCGGUCCUUUUGCCCACCUACAACGAGCGCGAGAACCUGCCGCUCAUCGUGUGGCUGCUGGUGAAGAGCUUCUCCGAGAGUGCAAUCAACUAUGAAAUUAUAAUCAUAGAUGAUGGAACCCCAGAUGGGACAAGAGAAGUUGCUGAACAACUGGAAAAGAUCUAUGGGCCAGACAGAAUUCUCCUAAGACCACGGGAGAAAAAGCUGGGCCUCGGAACUGCCUAUAUUCAUGGAAUAAAACAUGCCACAGGAAACUAUGUCAUCAUUAUGGAUGCUGACCUCUCCCACCAUCCUAAAUUUAUUCCUGAAUUUAUCAGGAAACAAAAGGAGGGUAAUUUUGAUAUUGUCUCUGGAACUCGCUACAAAGGAAGUGGGGGUGUUUAUGGCUGGGAUUUGAAAAGAAAGAUAAUCAGCCGUGGGGCCAAUUUUAUAACUCAGAUUUUGCUGAGACCAGGAGCAUCGGACUUAACAGGUAGCUUCAGAUUAUACCGAAAAGAAGUUCUACAGAAAUUAAUAGAAAAAUGUGUCUCCAAAGGCUACGUCUUUCAAAUGGAGAUGAUUGUUCGAGCUAGACAACUGAAUUACACCAUUGGUGAGGUUCCAAUAUCAUUUGUGGAUCGAGUUUAUGGUGAAUCCAAGUUGGGAGGAAAUGAAAUAGUCUCUUUCCUGAAAGGAUUAUUGACUCUCUUUGCUACUACAUAAAAGAAAUUAUUCAUUUAGACUUACCGUGUUCAUUUCAAUUAAAAGUAUGAGAAGCCCAGGUGACUGAUUUUUAUCAAUGUUCUCUUAACACAUGAGCCAAAGGUAAGGUGCAUUUCAUACGGAUCAUUUCUCUGAAGAAACUCCAUUUUAUAUUCAAAUUAAAAUUACAAAGUUAUUGGCUUAAUGAGCAAUGUUCUCAACUUUCAUGUACAUUGUGCUGUAUUAAGACCUAUAAAUAAAUGUAUACAGGUUUUUUGUAAAAUGUUGCUGCUUUCAUUAGAUAUGUUGGUGCGGAGUUUCCUAUGAGAAAGAAUAUGAAAUACUCCAUAAAACUAGGUUGUUAGUUCUUUAUACCUAGAUGUUAGAAAGGGAAGGUUAAUUAUUUUACAAAACACAGUUCAUGUAUGAACUGAAAAAGAAAUUAAAUUUCUGACCUUAAAGUGUAUCUCAGAUUUCUGAACCUAGAUAAAGUGGUGCUCUGCAUGCAGACCGAGAGUGCCAGCCUGGCAAGAAUGCCAGGAAGCAAACUGCAAAGUAUACAUUGUGAGGUGGGAAAGAGCUUGGCAGUGGUUGGCACAUAGCUCCUGGUUUGUUCUGUUCUUUCCUUUUGAGCACUAGCCUCUGUUGGAAAGAAAAGUAUUUUAUCUUGUUUAAUCUCAAAAUACUUGUUUUUACAUUAUUUCAGUACCUCAACAAACUUGCCAACAUGACAAAAAUGUAUACUAUUUUUCUUUCCAUCCAGAAAAAUGUCCUACUUGUUAAAAUGAAGGAUAAGUUGCUCCAUGCAGCUGGGACAAACAUUCCAUUUACCAUCCUUCUAUCUGUAGCAUAGCUUUUGAGUCAUGGAGCAUGUUUUAGGUUUUGAGUCAAUACAUGAGAUCUAGUUGCCUAUCCUUUGCAAGAAAAAAGAGGAGACAUCUGCUUCUAGGUCACUUGAUAAUCAAUUUAGCAAACAGAGUCUGAGUAUCAAAGAGAACAAGCUGACUUCCAACUUCCUCUGUAGUAGGCUGGUCUUGAAUUACUGGUCCUCUUGCCCUGACUUGUCAAGUGCUGAGAUUAGGUGUGACCAUCACUUAGACAUAUAACCUAUAUAUAUAUGUUUUCCAACCUUACUUUGGAUGCUAAAGAAAUUGAAAAUCUUAAAUUUUUGUUUCUAUCUUUCUGGCUAAUUGUAACAGGUAUGGACAUUGAUUAAAAUCUUCAUUUAUGUUGAGUAUUAAAAUCUUUCCAAGUGUCCCUAGCUGGACCCAUAGCACGUAUUCCAAUAAGGGCCACUACUGUGUUCCCGUUUGCCAAAACCUGUUGAGGUUCCAUGGGGAAGUGACUUCUUCAUCCUUAAUAACUAGAAAAUUUAUUAGUGCCCAAUUAAAAUUCUUUUAAACCAAAAUCAUAGGAUUAUAAUAUUCUGAAACUGUUUUUUGAGUACUGAGGAAUCUUACCUAUUUUCUUGAAACGCAUUAAGUUGUCAAUGCCAAGUACAUGGAGCAGAAGUAGCCAGCAGCUCACAAGUCACCGUAGAGACAGCAUUGCUACCUCACACCUCAUUGGAGCAGAGAACUUUGGUCCUCUUCAUUUUCUCAGUACUUAGCUUCACAGUCAUUCUUUCCCUGCUGGAGUUGCACUGGGCAUGUUUGAGCAGUGAAAACCACCAUUCAGAAGUCAUUUAGAGGAGAAUGUUGCCUAAUUUUUAUGCUGAAUUUAUGUACUAAUUCUGGUGACAUAAACAUGCACGCUUUUUUUUUUAAUCCCUCAAUCUGAAUCCAGCAUCUUUUGUGCUUCAAAGUGAAGGCAGUGAUGAAAUCCAGAUUUUCUUCAUACUGGUGUUAUUACUGUAUGAAAUCUGGGUGUCUAAGAAAAACUAAAGAUGAAUUUAC